UUGUGGGUAAAGCUGUACAAACUCUGCAGAUUUCUAAAAACUAAUCGAUUAGCCGUUGUCACGGUCAUGAGCGACAUGAUGUGCCUCCACAUCGCCAUGGCUCAUCCGCCGCCAUCGCGUCGUUCACCACCGGUGGCGACGGCCUCCCCUCCCCCUCUCCACCGCCGACCUCCAGAGGCGGUCUACGAGGUGCUCUUUGCAUGGGCACGGCGGAGAUGGCUCCCUCCUCCCUCUUGGCGCUGCUGGUGGUGCGGGUGCGGGUGGCGACGGCUAGCGCGGGCGCGGUGACGGUGGGCGGGUGGAGAGGGCCUCCUCCGACGGCGACCGCAAGCCGGCCUCCGCGGGCUCCCCGCCUCCUAGCGCCGCCGCCGCCGCUUGCAGGGCACAAGAUCCAGAUCAAGAGCGCCAACAUGAAGGAGGAGAUGCGCCAGGAGGCCUUCGACAUCGACCGCGUCGCGUUCGAGAAGCACACCAUGGAGAAGGACAUCGUGGAGUACAUUAAGGAGUUCGACAAGAACCACGGCCCUACCUGGCACUGCAUUGUCGGCCACAACUUCGGCUGCAGGGCCAUGGAUAUCAGGCCUCCAGGACCUGGUGAACAAAGAGAUUGGCUCUAGGAGCAAAAAGGCCUGCAAAUACUUAGUCUCCCUCUCCCACCGUACAAGCUGAAAGGUCUGUUUCUUGGCAAAAGAUAUGCAAGAAGUAAAUGAGAAGAAGAGGCAACAACCUUGUCCUCCCACCAGUAGAUGAAUUUGGCUGGAUUUGGCUGUUAACUGGGUUGUAAAUUUUGUGUUGUAUUGGAUGUUUGUUGGGUUGUGUUGGAUGCUAAUUGGGCUGUAACAUUUGUGCUAUAUGGGUUGUUAUUGUGUUUGAUUGUUGGGCCUAUAUGGGCUUAGCCCACUUAUUAAUUGAUACUAAUAUAAAUGAAUAUAAUAUGACGGGCUGAAAAUGGUGUUGUAUAA